CGAAGGGCGAGAGUGAAAAUUUUAUAUCAAUAAAUUCGAUUGUUGUUCGCUAAUAUAAUAAUAUUAUAUAUCACUAUUUUGGGCGUAUCUUCGUGAGUUCGAGUGCGACUGUUAUCCGUCGAAUACUUCGCACCAGCCCUUGUGCUUCAAUUUCAAAAGAAAAAUGUCCAGCAAAAUCGAGGAAGCGCAAGAGCACAUCCGCCAGGCGGAGAAAUGCCUGAAAACGUCCAUCCUGAAAUGGCGUCCGGAUUACGACAACGCGGCCGAGGAGUACAACAAAGCGGCCACUUGCUUCCGCAAUGCUAAAUCGCUCGACCAGUGCCGCGAUUGUCUGAUGAAGUCAGCCGAUUGCCACCGACAGAACCGGGCCCUUUUCCAUGCGGCCAAGUGCCUCGAUCAGGCCAUUCUGAUAUGCAAGGAUAUGAACAACCUCGGCGAUAUCCGGAAGCUGGCAGAGCGUGCGUGCCAUUUGUAUCAACAACACGGUUCCCCGGAAUCGGGAGCUACCGUCCUCGACAAGGCGGCAAAGAUAUUGGAGCAAACGCACCCGGAAGAUGCCCUUCAGCUAUACAAGCAGGCCGUCGACGUAGUUACGAUCGAAGACUCGACGCGUCAGGGGGCCGAGUAUGCUAGUAAAGUGGCCCGUAUUAUGGUGAAGCUUGGCAUGUAUGAUCAGGCAGCCGAUGCCAUUAGGCGAGAGAUCGGCUUGCAUCAGCAAGUAGGGUCAGAUGGCGCCAUAGGACGGCUGGCGGUUGCGCUAGUGCUGGUUCAGUUGGCUCGCGGUGAUUACGUGGCUGCCGAGAAGGCUUUCAAGGAGUGGGGCAAUUGCUGCGAUAGCGCCGAGGUGCAAACAUUGGAAUCGUUGUUACUGGCGUACGAUGACGAGGAUCCGGAACUAGCCCAGCGGGCUCUCUCUUCACCCUUCAUACGCCACAUGGACGUCGAAUAUGCUCGGUUGGCACGGGAUUUACCACUCCCGAAAGGUAUGUCGGUUGCGCCGAAGGCAAACGUUAUCGAAAAUGCGACCGCUUCUUACAUUUCGCCGAAUAGUGCCGAUACAUCGAAACCAUCAACGGGCCCCGUUGCAGAAGACGAAGACGAAGGCGGUUUGUGUUAGUACGUCUUUCCAAAAGUGGCCGCCUAUACUACGGCACCGUUAAGAGUUGUGUGAUAAAUAUGCUUUUAUUAAUAUUAUCAUCAUUAUGAUUACGAUUACGGAACACCUGACAGAGGAACUAUGAUUAAACUUGUUGCUGUGAGGUACGUGCAAGCUUUAUCUGCUAUAGCGUAUUACAAACUGCAAAAAUAACUACCUAACGUUCCUUUGAGAUUUGAUUUUUUUCAAAUGUUUUACAAUCAAAGUGUAAAAUCCAUAUGCUGCAGUUUUCGGCACCGUUGAAAGUUGAAACUGUUUAUAGACUGAUUUACAAACAAACUUCGUACCUUGUUUUCCUACUGCAGUCGAAAAUGUUUCGUAUUUCGGAAUAUUCGGAAACUUAUAGUAGAUGGCAAAAGCAAACCAAGGUUCGCGUUAUUUAGACACAAGAAAAAGAAAGUAAGAUGUGAAAACAAAGUGCAAAAGCAAACGAAUAUAUCCAUCAUUAACUACUUAUGUAAAGGAAAUGCUUCAAAGUAUGAUUUGAACAGACAAACGACAAAUGUCGGCAAAAAGUCAAGCAUUUUGUUUUAAACUGUGCGCAAAAAUGUAAUUAAAUAGUCCCUGUAUGAUGUAACAUGUAAGCUAAAUCUGCUCAGUAAACUGCUGUAUGCAAUUUUUCUUCUCGAAACGAAAGCAACUCACACGCGUCCGUGCAUCUAAUCGCGAGCAUCCACAAUAAAUGCGACAUUAACAUAAGAAUGGAGAGCCAUUCGAAUGUAAGAGAAAAGCAAAAUGGGAGAAACGAAAGCAAACUGCAAUGUUUAGGCCACUCCGGACAGCAGAGUUACAUUGAAAGCAAACAAAAAAAAUUAAAUCCCGUUUAUGAUAAUGGCAUUGAAUUAGUGUGUGAAACAUAUGAGCUAUCAGCCGUAAACACUCCCCACGUUCUCUCUAUCCCGUUUUCCCACUAGCAUCCCGCAAUCAAUGAAGUUAUCAAUUAUAAAUAGAUAGAAAGAAAACGUGCAAUGCAAGUAGCGAAGAUGCAAAGAAUAUUGUUAUCAAUCAAACCUGUUGUAGAUGAAAUAUUUCAAUAAAAGAAAAAAAAUCGAAGAAAUCAAUAAAUCAAAGGAUAAUCCAAUUGGUAUCGCUGCGAGGAGAGCUGAAACGUGUGAAUGAAAUGCAACUGGAAUAGAACAGAGGUGAACGUUAGCAGCUAGCGAGCCUUUUGAGCAGCAGACACUACACGUUAAGAAUUAACACGUUGUUCAUCCAUUACGGCAAAUCGUAAACAUAUUCAGUGCCACGAUUCGAUGGUGAUAACUAACGAAGAUAGCGAAGCUUGUACAGUACAUAUAAAUAUUAUCCCUUGUCUAAGGUAAACCGCAUUUCGUUUCGUAUUUUUAGCGACCGCAAUUUAUUUAACCUCAUUAAGAUAGAUUUUGUCCUCCACCAACUGCAUUGUUUUUCUUACUCCCUCAUGGGUAAACGGUAGAACAUCUAUUUAUUGAAUAAAAAGUGUUCAGUCCUCAUAAUGUUA